AUGGGUGACAAUCACUCCGCCAAGGAUUGCAGGAAUAUGGCGAUGUGCCGUAUAUUAAGAGGACUCAUACCACGUGUCGGAGAUGAGCAGGAGUUCAUAUCCAAGGCUGUCGUGGAUCUUGAAGUAGGUUCUAAAGUUGACCCCAAAGUUACCAUAACAGUAAAGGCAUAUGUACUGAAAACCAUAACCGGUCUUUUGCCAUCUAACACUAUAAAUACAAUGGACUGGAAGGAAUUUACGGAACUGCCACUGGCCGAUCCACAAUUCCAUAUCCCGAAUCGAAUCGAA